AUGAAUAACAACAACAGAUUAGUAGGAGAACAAGAUUUAAACCCACUAUCUGGUAGUUUUAGACCCAUCAAUAGUAAUGGCCCUACCCCAAUGAAUGGUGGAAUUGGUGGAAAUCAAGUUGGUCCAAAUAACCCAAUCUUUAAUCCAAACAUUCCAUAUUCAGCACCACCUAUUAGACCUCAAAUUCUUCCAGGUUCUAGAUUUGAUCCAAUCAAUCCAACAAUUGGACCAUUUGGAGGUGGUGGCAAUGGAGGAGGAAAUACUUCAUCCUCAUUUGGUAAUAUUAAUCCUAGUCAUCACAAACCUCCACAAUUUGAAGAUGAGGAUUUUUAA